AGACAUACUGCAUAGCCGCACACAUAAUUUACACACUUGAUCUUAUUUUUGUUGACCAUUGCUUAUCCAUAAAAAUUCGCGCGUUAUUUAAGGGCCCCACCACCGUCCAUAGCUUUAGCUCUUGAGCGCCACUUGCACAACCACAGACCCUCAUACUCAAUCCCUUCAACAAUUACUGCCAUCAUGCCCACUGAAUCAAGUUACCCGCUGCAAGAUAUCCCAGAUAUCGAUCUUUGGGAUUUUCUCUUUGAAAGAAAAGACCGGAAAUUUCCAGAUGACAAAGUUAUUUACUUGGAUCCAUAUACCAAACGAUCAUAUACCUAUGCACAAACUCGAAAAACAGCAUUAGAUUUCGGCAAAGGUCUCAAGUCACAAUGGGAUUGGCAAAAAGGCGAUGUUUUAGCUGUGUUCUCGCCAAACUGCAUUGAUACACCCGCUAUUACAUGGGGCACACUAUGGACCGGCGGGAUCAUUUCCUCUGCGAAUCCGAGCUAUACAGUGGACGAGCUAGCCUUUCAGUUGGGUGACUGUCAAGCCAAAGCUCUGGUUACGCAGAAGCCACUGCUAAAAUUGGCUGUGGAGGCUGCGCGAAGAGUCGGCCUGAGUCCUGACAGGAUAAUACUCAUCGGUGAUGAGAGGGACGAGCAAGGGAAAUUCAAGCAUUUUUCGAGCAUUCUGAACAUCUCUGGCGUUGCAAGAUGGCGUAAACCUCGAAUAGAUCCUGCAAAGGAUCUUGCGUUUCUUGUUUACUCCUCGGGCACCACGGGGCAUCCGAAAGGCGUAAUGCUCUCGCACAGAAACAUUGUCAGUAAUACGAUGAUGAUCACUUUAGGAGAAUGGCGGCAUCUAUCGUGGGACAGUUGUCCAGAUGGGAAAGGUGAUCGCGUAAUGGCAUUUCUGCCUUUCUACCAUAUAUACGGUCUAACAAACCUCAUUCACCAAUCUCUAUACGCGGGAUUCACGCUCGUGGUCAUGCCGAAAUUCAACAUUGAAGACUUCUGCUCUAUCGUCCAAGAACAUCGAAUCACAUUCAUCUACGCAGUACCUCCAGUUAUUCUCCUUUUAGGAAAACAUCCCAUCGUGAAGAAGUACGACUUUCGAUCAGUGCGAAUGAUCAAUUCUGGCGCUGCGCCCCUAAGUAAAGAGCUCGUGGAAGCCGCAUAUAAGAACGUGAGAGUCCCAAUAAAGCAGGGUUAUGGCCUCACCGAAACUAGCCCCACAACGCACACACAGCCUUGGGAAGAAUGGUACGCAACCGUCGGGUCAGUCGGAAAACUCCUUCCCAACCAAGUCGCAAAAUACAUGGCACCGGACGGCCAAACAGAAGUGCCUAUUGGCGAAACCGGCGAGCUUUGGAUCAAAGGCCCCAAUGUCUGCAUCGGAUACCACAAGAAUCCAGAGGCUACCAAACAAGCCUUGACGCCCGACGGAUACUUCAAAACAGGCGAUAUCGGGUACCAAGAUGCCCAGGGAAACUUUUACAUCACCGACCGCGUCAAGGAAUUGAUCAAGUACAAGGGAUUCCAAGUCGCGCCGGCCGAGCUAGAGGGUCUACUCUCGUCGCAUCCAAAGGUCGCUGAUGUCGCCGUUGUCGGGGUGCAUAUCCCGCAUGAAGCCACCGAGGUGCCGCGUGCAUAUGUUGUUCCCGCGACAGGAGUAAAUGCCGGAAAAGAGACGGAGGAUGAGAUUGUCGCGUGGCUUUCCGAGCGUGUGGCUCACUAUAAACGUCUGCGAGGCGGGAUUAGGUUCAUUGACGCCGUGCCGAAAACCUUGAGCGGAAAGAUUCUAAGGAAAGUGUUGAAGGAGAAGGCGGCCCAAGAAGAGGCAGGAAACGCUCCUGUUAAGGCUAAGCUGUGAUUUUGAGAUAUUUUGUGGAAGAUGUGCAAAAAGGCACCAGCAUCUUUUUUGCUUUAGGCGUUUGAGUACCUCUCUUGUUAAAUUAUUAUUGGAUUAAUUUUUUUUUGUUUUCCUCGAUUGCUUUUUUGAGCGAUCUUGCAAAUUCCAAGUAGGCAUAGGCAAGAUAACGAAUAAUGUAAAUAAACCAUCGGUC